CAACUUCAAAAGUGCAUAUGACUCGAUAUUAUUGCCAUAAAUGUAACCGACAAUGUAAUGUGACAAACGAUGACUUUGGUGAUGUGCGUUGUACGGGCUGCAAUGAUACUUUUGUUGAGGAAAUGCAAAGCUCAGGGUCGAGUCCAGAAACUCCGACUGUUACUACUAUGCCACCAUUUGGUGGAGCAAUUCCGGUAAAUGAGAAUCCAUUUGGUGGUUUUCCGGAUUCUCCUUUUUCGCGACUCUUUUCUCAGGCAUUUGCUGCAGCAGGGAGUAGCGGUCAACCGAACCCCUCAGCUAGCCGUAAUUCUCAGGAUACUGGAGGUCCGUCAUCUAGAUCUACGACUAAUGAUCCAGGACAAGCUUCUCGUCCAGGACAUGCUUCUCGUCCUCGUGUUCCGCCUACACAAAAUCAACAGACUGGUACUAGUGAUGAGGAUCCAAUGGCUGUUUUUAUUCAAAGCAUUUUUGCGGGUUUGGGACAGACUGCUCAGCGUGCUCAAAGGGAAGGAAGCAAUCAAGGUACGCCAAACCCGAAUCUUACCCAAGGUAGUACACCAGCUCGAUUUUCGUUUGUUCAAAUUAUAACUGGCCCUGAUCAUGAAGGAGGAGGCGCUUCUAUAUUUGCACCAAACACUACUUUGCAAGAUUAUGCAUGGGGAACAAAUGGUUUGGACAAUAUAUUAACUGCACUUCUUAAUCAAGUAGCAGAUCAAGAACAAAACACAGCACUUCGUCCGGAAGAUAUUAAACGACUGCCUAUGACAAAAGUGACUCAAGAACAUUGUGAUAAGGGAACGCAGUGUACGACAUGCAUGGAGACAUUUGCAUUGGAUGAAGAAGUUGCGCAAUUAAACUGCAAACAUAUAUUUCAUAAAGCCUGUAUCGAGCCUUGGUUGCAACGGAAAAAUACUUGUCCAAUUUGCCGAACAACCAUUGAUCCUAGUGAAUGGGGGCCACGUAUUGCGGAUGUUGAUGAGCUGGAUUGA